UUUUUGUGUAAAUGUGAAUCACAUUUUUUGUUGUUGUAGUUUUUCAUUUUUUUAUCGUACCCCGAACGGCAUUGCCUACCCCAGUUUGGGAAUACCUGCCACAUUCACUGCUCUCGUUAUCACCUGCCGCCAUAUUGGAUCAACUCCCAGCGGAAGAGGAAGAAAACUGAAAUGAUUAUGUCUCCUCCUAUUCGUUGUAGGAUAGUUAAAAACCAGACGUCCGUAGCUGUAUGUAUCGGGAUAAACAUUUGAAGUGGUUUAUAACAUCGGUCAGUGAGAGUACGAAGCGAAGGGUUUCGUCUUUUUGAGGGUUUUAUUUGUUUUAGGACUUGUUGUAAAUAUGACUUCCCUGACACAGCGGAGUUCGGGCCUAGUGCAGAGGCGGACCGAGGCCUCUCGUAGCUCUGCCGCCGACAAGGACCGAGGAACCGGGGAUGAGGACUUCGAGACCCGCCGCCGCGGAGGAGAGGAAGAGGAGGAAGAAGAGGAUAAGGCAGACUCCAAAGAAACUCGACUCACAUUGAUGGAAGAAGUGUUGCUCUUGGGAUUGAAGGACCGCGAGGGCUACACGUCGUUCUGGAACGACUGCAUCUCGUCGGGGCUGCGUGGCUGCAUGCUCAUAGAGCUGGCCAUCAGAGGACGACUACAGCUGGAGACCUGUGGCAUGAGGAGGAAAAGCCUGCUCGCCAGGAAGGUGAUCUGUAAGUCAGAUGCUCCGACAGGGGACGUGCUAUUGGACGAGGCUCUGAAACACGUGAAGGAGACCCAGCCCCCAGAGACACAGAGCUGGAUUGAGCUGCUCAGCGGAACGUGGAACCCUCUGAAGCUGCACUACCAGCUGAGGAACGUGAGGGAGCGCCUGGCCAAGAACCUGGUGGAAAAGGGCGUGCUGACCACGGAGAAACAGAACUUCCUCCUCUUCGACAUGACCACUCAUCCGCUCACCAACAACAACAUCAAACAACGCCUCAUCAAGAGGGUUCAGGAGGCCGUGUUGGAGAAAUGGGUCAACGACCCGCACCGCAUGGACAAACGGAUGCUCGCCCUCAUCUUCCUUGCCCACUCGUCUGAUGUCCUGGAGAAUGCCUUUUCCCCUCUGCUGGACGACCAGUAUGACCUGGCCAUGAAGAGAGUACGGCAGCUCCUGGACUUGGAGCCAGAGGGGGAGAGCACGAAGACCAACGCCAAUGAGUUGUUGUGGGCCGUGGUGGCCUCCUUUACCAAGUGACCUGACCUACCACCUUCAGACACCAGAGGGCGCUGUUGGUUUGGCGUUGGUUGAUGACGCUGGGGUUGAGGGAGAGGACAGGACAGUUUGGGGAGGGACAACGAGGAGAGGGCUGGUCUGUCUGGCCCAUCAAGGUAGUGACUUGACUGACUUGAGGUCACCUCCAUCUGUCUUUCUGAACAGAAUGGUCUGUUCCAAACCUGUCCCACAGCUUUCUGAACAGAAUGGUCUGUUCCAAACCUGUCCCACAGCUUUCUGAACAGAAUGGUCUGUUCCAAACCUGUCCCACAGCUUUCUGAACAGAAUGGUCUGUUCCAAACCUGUCCCACAGCUUUCUGAACAGAAUGGUCUGUUCCAAACCUGUCCCACAGCUUUCUGAACAGAAUGGUCUGUUCCAAACCUGUCCCACAGCUUUCUGAACAGAAUGGUCUGUUCCAAACCUGUCCCACAGCUUUCUGAACAGAAUGGUCUGUUCCAAACCUGUCCCACAGCUUUCUGAACAGAAUGGUCUGCACCAGACCUGUCCCACAGCUUUCUGAACAGAAUGGUCUGUUCCAAACCUGUCCCACAGCUUUCUGAACAGAAUGGUCUGUUCCAAACCUGUCCCACAGCUUUCUGAACAGAAUGGUCUGUUCCAAACCUGUCCCACAGCUUUCUGAAAACAGAAUGGUCUGUUCCAAACCUGUCCCACAGCUUUCUGAACAGAAUGGUCUGUUCCAAACCUGUCCCACAGCUUUCUGAACAGAAUGGUCUGUUCCAAACCUGUCCCACAGCUUUCUGAACAGAAAAUAUCUCUCUCCCUCGGUCCUUCUCCCUUCAUCGAGCUCUUUCUCUCUGCACAGAUGUCAUUUAAUCACUCACUUUUACAAGAAAUAAAAACUCCCCCUGCUGGAGAGUGACAAGCAAGGUUUUGAAUACUGGACUGAAAUAUGAAGAUCCAAUCAUCAUCCUCUUCCUCCCUGGACACAUCUUUCACAAAUGUCUUCACAGUAUGUAUGUUAUUCUCUACAGGUAUCUAUCUAGCUCUUAUUCACUAUAACCGACAGGGAACUCCAACAGUAUUGGGACAGUGAGCUCCAACAGUAUUGGGACAGGGUGCUCCAACAGUAUUGGGACAGGAGCUCCAACAGUAUUGGGACAGGGUGCUCCAACAGUAUUGGGACAGGGAGCUCCAACAGUAUUGGGACAGGGAGCUCCAACAGUAUUGGGACAGGGAGCUCCAACAGUAUUGGGACAGGGAGCUCCAAAAGUAUUGGGACAUUGACCCAUUUGUUGUUGUUUUGGCUCUGUACUCCAGCACUUUGAAAUUUGAAAUUAUACAUCGACUGUGAGGUUAAAGUGCAAACUGUCAACAUAUUUUUUGAGGUUAUUUUCAUCCAUAUCGGGUGAACCGUUUAGAAAGUACAGAACUUUUUUGUACAUUGUCCCCCCCAAUGACUACUUUAAUACACAUAGAAGUGAAUUUGUCCCAAUACUUUUGGUCCCCUAAAAUGGGUGGGAGGACUAUGUACAACAACAACAAAUGCUUUAAUUUCUCAACAGUUCACGUGAUAUGGGAUGAAAAUACCCUCAAAUUAAUGCUGACAGACUGCACUUUAACCUCCAUAGUCAAUGUAUCAGAGCCAAAACAACAAAUAUAAUAUGUCCCAAAACUUUUGGAGCUCAGUGAUGUAGAUUCCAUGUAUGUGGAACACUCACUGUAGUAGUAUAUGACUUGAAUAAUAGAUCAUUAUCUUCCUGACAAGUCUUGGAUUUGAUUUCCUCUCCAACAUGACGACAUGGUCUGAAGUUUCCUGUUUCUGUGUUACUCUCGUGUUUUGUGGUUGAAAAGCUCCCCCCCCC